AUAUACAAGUAAUAAAAUAAACCCCUCGUAGAAGCCUUUAGCCCGGCGGUCGCUCAGUCCAAACAAACAUGGAUUCCGCGGCGCCGCUGUCCAAGAUGAAGGUGGCGGAGCUGAAGAAGGAGCUGCGGGCGCAUGGGCUGUCCACGGUGGGCAACAAGACCGAGCUGCUGGAGCGCUUGCAGGAGGCCAUUGACGGCGGCGACACCCUGGGGCAGGAUCUUAGCGAGGGCGGUGUGGAGGUGGAGGAGGGGGACUUCUGUGAGGAGGACAUUCUGGGCGAGGAAGAACUUGACUCGGAGCUCACGCCGCAGGAGGAGGAGGCCGCUCUCAAGGGGGCCGCCAUCAGGGUCAAGGAUCAGGACAGCAGUCUCCUCGAACCUGAACCUGAGAAGAAAAAGAUUAGCUUGAAGAGGACCCAACCAACUCUCAUCGCUUCUCCCGGCCCUCCACCGCCCCCGCCACCACCCCCCCCCCCGCCGCCACCCCCCAGGAGGCCACCCCAGCGCCGGAAGGGGGGGCGGAGGCUGUGGGAGGGGAGGAGGGGGCAGGGGAAGGGGCGGCUGUGUCGGAGGGGGGAGAGGAAGCGACGAGUCCAGUUCCUAAGAAGAUUAUCAAGUUGGAUGGAGGAAUCCUCCUAA